GUACUAAACUUACGCAUAGACUAUAGCAGUACGUCGCAUUCGCCAUGGUGUUGUAGUGCUGUGAAGCCGUAAGCCCCUGAAAUGACUAAUUGUAAAGAAGGCUGCCUCAGUGCAAAUUGCGUUUUGUAAAACUAGACCAAUUUUAUUUUUCAAAAAUCGUUCCAUGAUUUUCCUACGGCAUGGCAGAUUAAGGAGCAUGUUCUGUUUCGUGUUGUAAUCUGGAUAAAGUCACUACUAAUUUUAUCAUGAGUGAGACAAGUAUUGCAUCGGCUAGAGCCUCUGUGAUGAUCUAUGAUGAUAGUAGUAAAAAAUGGAUACCUAGCGGAACUUCAUCAGGUCUUAGUAAAGUUCACAUUUUUAAACAUAUGAUUAAUAAUACAUUCCGAGUAGUAGGACGUAAACUACAAGACCAUGAGGUUGUUAUUAAUUGUGUAAUUUUAAAAACCCUUAAAUAUAAUCAAGCAACUACUACAUUCCAUCAAUGGAGAGAUAACAAACAUGUAUAUGGUUUAAAUUUUAGUAGCAAAGAAGAUGCUGAUGCUUUUGCACGUGCCAUGGUUUACGCUCUUGAGGUUUUAGAUUCUGUUUCUAGAAGUAAUAUUGGUGUUUCUCUGAAUCAAAUACCACCACCUGCACCUCCAGUUUAUCAGCAGAUAAAUGGACAUUAUGAAGAAGACAUGGGUUAUAGAGAUUGGUGUACAAAUAAUGUACCUAAUCAUUUCAGAACCAUGACAAAAGAUGACGUUGCCAUAAUUCAAGAAAGACGAAUGUCUCAACAAAAUCAAGUUUUAAAUACAACAAAUGGAUUACCAGCUGUACCACCAAUGGCCCCUCAGCUUCCAUCUUCAGGUCAUCAUCGUACAUCUUCUGCCCCUCCAGCACCAGUUCCUCCUCCACCUCCUCCAGGUAUUUCUAAUCCUCCACCACAACCUCCCCCAAUGCCAGGAAUAUUAUUAAGAGCUAAUGGCAAUGGAGAAAUGGAAAAUGAUACUACUAAUAAUGAUCAAACAUCAUCAUUAGCUGUUCAAUUACAGGCAGCUCGUUUAAAACGGACUAAUAAGCAUCCAGCAGAAAACAGUGGCUCUUCUACAAGUAGUGCUAGUAGUGGAGGUAGUGGAAACUAUGGCACUCUUGGACGAAAUGCUAAUGGUCAGACUGGCAUGGCAUCUAUGAUGGAUGAAAUGGCACGCACAUUAGCCCGCCGCCGUGCUGCUGUUGAAAAAAAAGAACCAACUGAUAGUCCUCAAGACGAAAAUAUUUCACCUGGAGAUAAAAAAAAUUGGAAUCGCAACGAUAGUCAAAAAAGCUUAUUAAAUGGUUGUGAAAGUCCAAAGCUUGGUCGAAAACAAUUAUCUGCUACAUCUACUGAAGAUUUAAUAGCAUCAAAAUCUUUUGGGGAUAACUGUAUGUCAAAUUUAUCAAUUGAUCUUGAAACUCUAAAACAAGAUAUAUUAAGAGAAAUACGCAAAGAAUUAAAUAGAAUGAAACUAGAAAUUAUUGAGAGUGUGAAAUUAGAAAUUAGUAAAAGAUAAGUCAAAGCAAAAUCUAUGAAGCAGGUAUUUUACAUAUAUCCAAUCCAUUUCAACUUUUGUAUUGAUUUAAUGGCUUGUUCUUUUUUCUAUGAAUGACAAUUUUUUAAGUGAAUCUCAUUAUUAUAUUGCUGUUAUUAUUAUGAUUUAGGUAAACAAAUAGAUUAUUAUUGUAAACCUCAUAAUAAUAACUCGUUUAUAGCUACUUAAUUGACUUAAAUUAAUUAACUCCUUACAUAAUUAAAUUAUUAUGUAGCGAUUUUUAUAUAUCAAAAUUGUUUUAUUUAUUUAUUUAUAAUGCGAGUGUACUCACCU